AUGUCAUCAUCUUCUUCUUCCUCAUCACCCACAAGAUACAAAAGCCUAACAAUGUUCCAAAUAAAAAGGCGCUAUUCUAUGCUUUCUCCAGUGAAGUUGCGGUUAUUACUUGCUGCUACUUUCUCACUUCUAGCUUUUAUUUCCCUUAUAUCAACGUUUAACACGACUCCUUAUGACCUACCAUCUCCCUUGAAGGAACGUACUCGUCCGAGACCACCUCAAGUUGAAGGAUUCGAAACUAGCGAAGCAACCAAUGAUUUAGAGUCAACGGCUAGUAUCGUAGUUUCACCCUCGAGUAACUCGAGUGAUGAUAGAAAGGACGAAAAGGAUCAAAAUCUGCAAACACAAUUUGAUCCGGUCGCCGAGUAUGAGAAAUUUAUGAAGAGAUCUCCCGUGGUAGUAUAUUCUAAAUCAUAUUGUAAAUUUAGUCUACGGUUGAAAACUCUAUUGCAUGAGAAGUACUCAUUUACUCCUCACUAUAUAGUGGUAGAAUUGGAUAAACUGGAAAACGGCGCAGCACUACAAAGUUACAUUGCACAGCAGACGGGAAGACGUACUGUUCCCAAUUUAAUCGUGAACGGUGUUUCCCUUGGCGGCAGCGACGAAAUCGUUGCUCUUCAUGAGGAAGGAAAAUUACUUGAUCGAUUACAAGAAAGCAGCGAUAGCAAGUUUGAAGUUCGCCUACUAACUACUUAA